UUUUCCCUUCUCAUGCCAUGUCUCAUGCCAUGCAUAGGUCUCGCUUCUAGUGGUUCAUAUUUGUUUCCAAAUUCCAACACACUCGCACUGCUUGAACCCAAAGUCUUCUAGGUCGGACUCGCAGACAAGGUGCUACGGAGGGCAAGAAAGAAGUGUGGCAGCGGCAUUGGAGGCGGAUGAUCGAAAAGCAAAGCUUGCGCUGAAAGAAGUGGUUAACUGUCAAUUUGAAUUGGCCAGAUGAGGUAACUCUGGACCGUGCGAAUCUUAAAAUUUCCCAACGUAGGGGUCACGAUAGAGCGACGUCGGCGAAGUGCGUCCAGUGCCUGACUCAUUCUCUCUGUUCGGACGCCUCGGAGCGACGCCCCACUAAUGCUGACAUUCGUGCUUUUAGAGGGCGGAAUUUUUGGACUCCCUCUCCCUAGAUCUCUGUUACGAGCCUGAGAUGAGAGGUGUUUUAUUUCGAUUCAUUAUAAUAACCACUCAUGUAUUAUCGUACAGUGAUCUCUGUUACGAGGCUAAGAAUAUAUGCGCCAUAGCCUUUAAUGUCGGCCUCUGUCCCUGGCAUCACCCCGCGUGUAUGCCAGGUAGUCGCCAUCAUGCGGUCUCAUCGUGCCAUUGUGCGGUCACAUCAUGCCAUAGUCCGACCAAAAUCUGCCCUCAUUAGGUGGCCUAUAUCAUGAAAACAGAGACCCCAGCGCUACGCGUAAGGAGACUCCUUUCAUGAUGCGGCCGAAGGAAGAACCCUCUUUCGAUGAAAUCAAAUCGGCUGUACUUAAAGUGAAUGGUGGAAAGGAUGAACGGCAGAAUGAAUGGUAGGGCACGAGAUGAUGCGUGUCAAUAUUGUCAAAUGUUCCUCGUGUCGGCAAGGGAAUUGUUGACUACAACUCCGAUGACCCCCGAUUAUGUAGAGGGGCAAGAGUUGGAGGCGAUGGUUGAGACAAAACAAGUCACCCUGACACAACAUGCUCUUGGUUGCCACGGCAUUGCAGCGCCAACUGUUGAUGAACUUGUACU